GUCCCUCUCGCUCGGCGCCGUCCGUCGCUAUUGCCGCCGCUGCUGGAAACACAAACUCCGGCCCGAGGUGGAGGAGGAGGACGCCUGGUGCAAAACCUCGACCAGAGAGAGAAAGAGAGGGCGCCGCUGAGGGAGGGACGGCGGGUGCCUGCCUGCUUGCUUUCUUGCUGCUGGCCGGCCAGACCUGCGGCGACGCGAGCGGCUCCGACUCAGCCCGCCGGAGAAGAGCGAGCCCGGGAAGUUGGAGGCGGCCCUUUUGGCCCCUGACCUGACCUUGCUGGGCCCGCCAAGAGAGGGCGACUCACCUGCUGCUGCCUGCGCGGCGCCGGGACUAACUGGAGGGGAGGAAAGCUGUCGCCGCCGCCGCUGCUGAAGUCCUCGUUGUCGUCGUGGUCUUGGAAGCCGCGGAGAUUCAGGAGGCAGCCCGGAUGAGUCCCAGCCUGGCGGCGCAGAGGCGCGGGAGCCGCGGGAAGCGCACCAUGCCCGGGACGCGGCUGCUGCUCAGCCUGGCUCUCCUCUGCGGCUGCACGCAGCUCCUGGCCGAGGCCAGCUCCUGGUGGUCCUUGGCUAUGAACCCAAUCCAGAGACCAGAGAUGUACAUCAUAGGAGCUCAGCCUGUGUGCAGCCAGUUGCCGGGGCUCUCCCCAGGCCAGAGGAAGUUGUGCCAGCUCUACCAGGAGCACAUGGUGUACAUUGGGGAGGGUGCCAAGAACGCCAUCAAAGAGUGCCAGUAUCAGUUCCGGCAGAGGCGGUGGAAUUGCAGUACAGUGGACAACACAUCUGUGUUUGGCCGGGUGAUGAGCAUAGGUAGCCGAGAGACUGCAUUCACCUAUGCCAUCAGUGCUGCAGGGGUGGUGAAUGCCAUCAGCCGGGCCUGCCGUGAAGGGGAACUCUCCACCUGUGGCUGCAGCCGGACAGCCCGACCAAAGGACUUGCCUAGAGACUGGCUAUGGGGUGGCUGUGGGGACAAUGUGGAAUAUGGCUACCGAUUUGCCAAGGAGUUUGUGGACGCCAGGGAGAGGGAGAGGAACUAUGCCAAAGGAUCGGAGGAGCAGGCCCGCACGCUGAUGAACCUACAGAACAACGAGGCAGGACGCAGGGCAGUGUACAAGUUGGCUGACGUGGCUUGCAAGUGCCACGGCGUCUCAGGUUCCUGCAGCCUCAAGACCUGCUGGUUGCAGCUGGCCGACUUCCGUAAAGUGGGUGACCUGCUGAAAGAGAAGUAUGACAGCGCAGCUGCCAUGAGGAUCAGCCGCAGGGGCAAGCUGGAGCUGGUCAACAACCGCUUCAACUCACCCACUCCAGAGGACCUGGUUUAUGUGGACUCCAGUCCCGACUACUGCCUGCGCAACGAGACCACAGGGUCCCUGGGCACCCAAGGCCGGCUCUGUAACAAGACAUCAGAGGGCAUGGACGGCUGCGAGCUGAUGUGCUGCGGACGGGGCUAUGACCAGUUCAAAAGCGUGCAGGUAGAACGCUGCCACUGCAAGUUCCACUGGUGCUGUUACGUGAAGUGUAAAAAAUGCACAGAGAUUGUCGAUCAAUACGUCUGUAAAUGAAAGGCCCACCAGAGAGCUCAAAGUUAUAUAUUAUAUAAAUCUAUAUAAAUAUAUUUUAUAUAUUUGUAUAAAUAAAUAGAUGGUGACGAUAAUAAUAAUUAAAGAAGCUUAUUUAAGAGACACUUUUUCUGUCCUAAAAUGUUUCCCCUGAAGAAUGGCUGGCUGCUCCUUUUUAUUAUUUAAUUGGGGAGCAAGAAAAAGGGAUUUGUGUGCUGGUUCUCUCCCACCCUUGAUAAAUUGCCGCCAGAAUAAAAGGGAAUCAGGAACGUUAUUGGUGAACAACAUCUGCCUCCCGCUACUUUACCCCAGAAGCAAAACAAUGGAUGUGUUCCCUUCCACUAUCUUACAGCUGGAAUUCAAAUGGGUGUAUUGUGCUUUUAUUUUGGACACAAUCGGUAUAACACCUUAUAUGCUCAGGUUGAUUUCUGAAAGGACUUGGGAGUUGUUUUCUGCUUCAUCUAUAAGCACAGCUGUGGUUUACCAAACUAGAAAGCAGUUCACCUGUGUCUGACAUUGAAGAAUGGAUUUAAAGGUCAGGGUUCAUGCAUCACACAGAGAGAAGAUAAAUCCUUGCACAAUGGCAGAUGAUGCCCCUGUCUAGAGAAGAACAAUAUUACCUUUGACCUGGAAGUGCUGCUUUAUCCUUAUAUCCUUGACAGAAACUCAGUAUCUGGCUCUUCUGUAUUUUGGGAAAGGAGGGAAAAUCUACCGAAGCUCUGAAAGGGCAAAGUUGUCAUGGUGGAAUUUAUAUGGUCCAUUUUCUCCUUGUGGAAAAAAAGAGUUGGCUACCACUUUCCUGGGCCUAUUGGAUUUGUUUCAGGAAACACAUCCUGUGUGAAUUUCUCUGGACUUGACAGGAACAUGGAGACACACAGUGCCAAACAAGCACUACACACCUCAACAAACUUAGUCAUAUUGUGAGCUCUUUUUAUGUUCCCCUUACCACUGUCCUAGAUGUACAGUUCCUUUUCAACAUUAAAUACCCUUGUUCUCACCCUC